UGUUGAGUCCCGUAAUAUAGUAAUACUAGCUUUAUUGGUGCUGCUGUUGUCCCGUAAUAUAUAAAUACUAGUAUUAGUGUUGCUGCUGCUGUUGCCGUGGGGCUGUGACUGUGACCAACUCCUAAAACCUAGAAAUACCUAAUUAAAACCUAAAAAGACGAAGAAGAGGAGAGAAGGGAAUAAUGAAGAUGGCAGCAGUGAAUCCAUGAUGUUGAAGAGGCAGAGAAUUCAAAAACACAGCAUUCCGCCACACCUCCCAUACCCUUGGAUUAUAUCCCGGCUCAGAGACGGUACGGGUGACUUCAUCUUCUACUCCACAACACCACCAUAUGCGAGUCGUCGCACAAGCUCUCCUGAUUUGGGUGAUAAAAAGGUACGCAAUUACUGUCACGGAUGGUUAAUUUUGAGUAAUAUAAACUAUGAUAUCUCCCUUUGGAAUCCUGUUACAUCCGAAUUGAUCCACCUUCAAAAUUGUAGUCAUUGUCACCUUCUAAAAUCAGUACUACUGUUGAUGAUGAUGAUCAUCAUCAUCAUAUGGAUCCAAAUACCAUGGUUUUCUUAUUUGAUAAAGCUCAUCCUUCCGUUAUAUAUUGCAAACUUGGGGAAAAACUUUGGAAUACAGUCUGCUAUACAGAGAAAAUCCCAGCCAGGCUUCACCUUCGUGAUAUCAAGGAUGGCUUUGAUGAACCUUUUAGUCUAAAUGGUUCUUUGUAUGCUAGAGGAGGCCAAUAUCACAAGAAGUUACUCUGCAUUCACCAAGUCCAGCCAACACACAUUGACGUGAGAAAAUACUGUGACUUACCGCGCAUCCAAGGCUUUACUCAUACAAAUCAUUCAAAUCACUUGGUCGAAUCGUAUGGUGAACUCUUCUACAUUGUUAUAUCAUCUGAAGGGGAACAUAGCUUUACAAUUGUAGACAUGAAUGUUUUCAAACUUAAUCAAGAAAGCUUGAGAUGGCAGAAGGUGAAAAGGGUACAAGAUCGUGUGUUUUUCUUGGGUUGUUUAUAUAAUAUUUCCUAUCUUGCGACAGGAGAGAUUAAAGGUGGUUUCAUAUAUCAUAAACGGCUUGACCACUUAUAUAUAUACAGAUUUGAAGACCACAGCAUUUCACUUUCUUCGCGGCGUUUGAUGUGGAAUAUCCCCAAGACAUGCGAUCAAACAAUUUUUUUUGUGCCCGACUUAAGGUUGUUUCAUAGACAAGUUGAACAAGACUCGGAUGAAGCAAGACGAUCAGAAAUUGAAGGAAGGGAAACCAUAGAGCAAGCUAACAAAGAAAAGAGUUUGUUUGGAAUGAAUGAAGGAGAGAGUCAACUUUUUGGCUUGCCAAUUGAUCUUCUCAAGAUCAUCGUGCGAUUGCUCAAUCCGGUUGAUUAUAUAAAUCUUCGUUCUAUCUCCAAGACUUGUAGAUCAGUACUCCCUCAAAUUCAAUGGAGAGAGCCUUCUAUUAGCUUACCAUUUGCUCCACUGUCGCCAUGGUUGGUGUUUUCUUAUAUGGACUCUGGAAUUCAUAGCUUUAUGGAUCCGAAGCUAGGCGGAAGGUAUCUCAUAAACAUCCCAAAAUCAUUAGUAGAUGGUAAAAUUCUACACUCAAAAGAUGGCUGGUUGCUAAUGUCCAAAACUUUGAAAGGCUUGUCCUUCUACAAUCCGUUGACAAAAGAGAUUAUUAAAUUGUCAAAACUGGAUAUGGACUUCUUGUCUUAUUCAUGCAUAGGUUUCUCAUCCUCUCCAAAAUCUCCAGAAUGCUUAGUUGUGGCAAUUGAUUCAUUACAUUUCCCUUGCGUAUAUACUAUACACCCCGGAGAGGAGAAAUGGCAUUAUUAUGAAUUUGAAAACCAUAAUUAUAGAUCUGAUACAAGUCUCGAUAGUCCAGUUUUUUAUGAUGGUGCCAUUUAUGUUCUUGAUGAAUAUGGAAAUUUAGUAGUUUUUGAAUUGCAACGGGAGGGGAAGAUGACUUGGAAAGUCCUUCACGUACAUAAGAGACCUAUUGAGUUUGAUUAUCAGAACUUCCUACUGGUAUGUGCGGGAAAACUCUUAUUAGUUUUGAUUAGCAAAGUGGGCAAAGGGGCGAUGGUUUUCAAACUGAAUCGCGCUAAAAUGUGUUGGAGAAGAGUGAGGAAGUUGGAAAACUAUGCCUUGUAUGUGAGCCGAUCAUCCUCCUUUUCGACAUUGGUGAAAGGUAAUGGAAUGGGAAACAGAAUCUUCCUUCCAAGAGUCCAUGGCAAUAGUGUUGUCAAUUACUAUUUGAAGACUAGAAAAUUCCAUUGUUUUUCUAGACAAGAUGAUAAUGUGGUGAAGUAUUCUGAUACAAGAAACUUGUUGCAGGCAUCUUGGAUUCAACCUUCAUGGUAGUAUGUGCAAAUAUCUUCACGGUAGUAUGUGCAAAUAUCCUCUCGUGUCUUCGGCAGUUGGUGAUAAGCAAAAAAGUCAAGCCUGCUUCAUGGUUUCGUAAGUUCUCCAACACACAAGGUUAUCUCGUGCACAUCCUUUACAUGCAAAGCUGGGACAUAGUUUUUGUUUUUCUUUAUUUUUUUUUUAAAGAACAUGG